AUGGCGGCCACUGCGUUGGUGUCCCCCCUGCGGAGCCGGGGGCUUGUCUGCUGUCAACACCACGCAAAGCCCGUGGCCCACUUCCCGCGGAUGCGCGUGAUCGCUGCCCGCGACGGCUGCCCGCGUGUGGAAAUAGGACAGAACACCGUGUGGAGAAGGGAUGAGGGACCCGGGAGUGGCGGCCUCUUCAUGCAAACACUCGUCCCCAAACUGCAGGCCUCUGUCUACUUGAACAACGGCGGAAUCUCAGGCAUCCGCGUAGCCAUUCCUUCCUCACGUAAACCCGGUUCGCCACUGGGCUCCUCUUCCCUGGCAAUGUCGGGUCCCGCAGUCUGUAUGGAUUGUGCCGAGUUAGGGAGAGAGGCAGGGAGGGCGUCUCUGGUGGGGUGCGGGUCUGUCCUGGGGCUGCCUGACCCCCUGUCUCCUGCUCUCCCCGCAGGCCUUGCCAAGCCCAUGGGUCUGGUGGAGGGGCCACGAGGCCUGGGCCAGGGCGGCUUGGCCACCACCCUGCGGGACGACAGCCACGAGACGGAAGGCGCGUUCGAGGAGUACGGCUACAAUGCACAGCUUAGCAACCGCAUCUCCCUGGACAGGACCAUCCCCGACUACAGGCCCAAAAAGUGCAGACAGAUGACCUACUCCCAGGACCUGCCCCAGGUCUCCGUGGUCUUCAUCUUUGUCAACGAGGCCCUGUCUGUCAUCCUGCGCUCGGUGCACAGCGUGGUCAACCACACGCCCUCCCAGCUGCUCAAGGAGGUCAUCCUGGUGGACGACAACAGCGACAACGUGGAGCUCAAGUUCAACCUGGACCAGUACGUGCACAGGAGGUACCCGGGCCUCGUGAAGAUCGUGCGCAACAGCAGGCGGGAGGGCCUGAUCCGGGCGCGGCUGCAGGGCUGGAAGGCGGCCACCGCCCCUGUCGUCGGCUUCUUCGACGCCCACGUCGAGUUCAACACGGGCUGGGCUGAGCCCGCCCUCACCCGGAUCCAGGAGGACCGCCGGCGGAUCGUGCUGCCGGCCAUUGACAACAUCAAGUACAACACGUUCGAGGUGCAGCAGUACGCCAACGCGGCCCACGGCUACACGUGGGGCCUCUGGUGCAUGUACAUCAUCCCCCCACAGGACUGGCUGGACCACGGCGACGAGUCGGCGCCCAUCAGGACCCCUGCCAUGAUCGGCUGCUCGUUCGUGGUGGACCGGGAGUAUUUCGGGGACAUCGGCCUGCUGGACCCAGGCAUGGAGGUGUACGGCGGCGAGAACAUCGAGCUGGGCAUGCGGGUGUGGCAGUGCGGCGGCAGCAUGGAGGUGCUGCCCUGCUCCCGCGUGGCGCACAUCGAGCGCACCAAGAAGCCCUACAACAACGACAUCGACUACUACGCGAAGCGCAACGCCCUGCGGGCGGCCGAGGUGUGGAUGGACGACUUCAAGUCCCACGUGUACAUGGCCUGGAACAUCCCCAUGACCAACCCGGGCGUGGACUUCGGGGACGUGUCCGAGAGGCUGGCCCUGCGCCAGAGGCUGAAGUGUCGCAGCUUCAAGUGGUACCUGGAGAACGUGUACCCGGAGAUGCGGGUCUACAACGACACGCUCACGUACGGAGAGGUGAGAAACAGCAAAGCCAGCGGCUACUGCCUGGACCAGGGAGCGGAGGACGACGACCAGGCCAUCCUGUACCCCUGCCACGGCAUGUCCUCCCAGCUGGUGCGGUACAGCGCCCACGGCCUCCUGCAGCUGGGCCCCCUGGGCUCCACGGCCUUCCUGCCCGACUCCAAGUGUCUGGUGGAUGACGGCAGGGGCCGCACGCCCACCCUGAAGAAGUGCGAGGACGUGGCCCGGCCCACGCAGCGGCUGUGGGACUUCACCCAGAGCGGGCCCAUUGUGAGCCGAGACACGGGCCGGUGCCUCGAGGUGGAGAUGUCCAAGGACGCCAACUUCGGGCUGCGGCUGGUGGUGCAGAGGUGCUCGGGGCAGAAGUGGAUGAUCAGAAACUGGAUCAAGCAUGGGCGGCACUGACC